UCCGGCGUCCAAACGCCAAUUCAUUUUCUAGUGUUAUAAUUGACGCGGUGGGCGUCACAACCGCAACGUGCGCUAAUCUUAAUUCUUCUUAUGUUUCUCGUUUGACGUUUGCUUCUCGUCAAACUAGAAUCCUAGUUCACACUUUGAUCAAGCUUUUACAUUUUGCUUAAUUUCAACCAAACCUACAUUUUCCAUUACAAAGAAUCCUAGUAAAAUUGGGAAAAAAUAAUUGCAAAAAUGGCGAUGGCCGGUCUGUAUAGACGACUGCUUCCUUCUCCUCCCGCAAUUGAUUUCGCAUCCUCAGAAGGAAAGCAACUUUUCUUGGAGGCUAUCCAAGGUGGAACAAUGGAAGGUUUUUAUAGGUUGAUUUCUUACUUUCAGACUCAAUCAGAACCGGCAUAUUGUGGAUUGGCCAGCCUUUCCAUGGUCUUGAAUGCCCUUGCCAUUGACCCAGGAAGAAAAUGGAAGGGACCGUGGCGGUGGUUUGAUGAAUCUAUGUUAGACUGUUGCGAACCUCUGGAAAAGGUUAAGGAGAAAGGCAUCUCAUUUGGGAAGCUUGUUUGUUUGGCUCACUGUGCUGGUGCAAAAGUUGAAGCUUUCCGCACAAAUCAAAGCUCCAUCGAUGACUUCCGAAAGUAUUUAAUAAGAUGCUCUUCUUCUGAUAAUUGUCAUGUGAUCUCGUCAUACCAUAGAGGGAUUUUUAAACAGACAGGAACAGGCCAUUUUUCACCUAUUGGUGGCUAUCAUGCUGGAAGGGACAUGGCACUGAUUUUAGAUGUUGCACGUUUUAAGUAUCCUCCACACUGGGUUCCACUUUCACUUCUUUGGGAAGCCAUGGAUAGUGUUGAUGUAGCAACUGGACAACAGAGAGGUUUCAUGCUUAUAUCAAGGCCUCAUAGAGAGCCAGGACUUCUCUAUACGCUGAGUUGUAAGCAUGAGAGUUGGGUUGGUAUUGCUAGGUAUUUAAUGGAAGAUGUUCCUAAUCUUGUGAAGUCAAAGGAUUUUAAGGUUAUAGAGAAUGUUCUCUCUUUUGUUUUCAAAUCACUUCCGUCAAAUUUUGGAGAGUUUAUCAAGUGGGUUGCAGAAGUCCGGAGGCGAGAGGACGGUGAUAACAGUCUAAGCCAGGAGGAGAAAGGGAGGCUUGCUGUUAAGGAAGAGGUGCUAAAGCAAGUGCAAGAAACUGGUCUUUUUAAACACGUUGUGGCAUUUUUAUCUUCAGUAAAUUCUUGUUGCAGAAACAUGCCAUCUUUAGGUCAUAAAGAUGAUUUGCCUGAUGUUGCUGCUAGUGUGUGUUGCCAAGGGGCAGAAAUUUUGGCUGGAAAGUUUGGUUCCUCAGUAAGGUUUUGUUGCCGGGAAACCUGUGUGAAAUGCUUGAAUACAGAUGGUGAUAAUCCCACUACUGUGGUGUCGGCAACAGUUGUAGAUGGUAGCAGUCAGCAAGGGGUUGAUGUGCUGGUUCCUUCAUCCCAAAUGGGAGACUGUGGCUGUGGCCCAAGUGAUUGCAUUGGGAUGUACCCAGCUGGAAAUGAUAUUUUAACUGUCCUCUUGCUUGCCUUGCCUACAGAAACCUGGUCUGGUAUGAAGGAUGAGAAGCUUUCGAAAGAAAUUCAUGACCUUGUUUCAACAGAAAAUCUUCCUACUUUGCUCCAAGAAGAGGUUUUGCAUCUGCGGGGGCAGCUCCACCUUCUCAAGAGAUGCCAAGAGAAUAAGGUAGAUGAGAAUCUCGGCGCACCACAAAUGUAGCUUCCUCUUCAUCUCUGUAUAUUAAUUUAGUGGUUACCUCUUAUGUUGUAACCGAAGAACACAUUUUAUCUUGUGCUCUGAAAAUGUAUAAUUUCACAUACGCAUUGCACAAAGCCAUUUAUUGCGGUUUUUUAGGUUAUACUCUGGGAAGCAAAUGGUGUAUCCCUGGGAUCGAAAUGUCUUUAUCAAGGAGCAAAAAGCGUUUUCCAGAGAUCAAAACCUCACUAUGAAGAGUUAAGGAGCACACUUCAGAGAUCAAAAUCUCAUGGUGAAGAGGAAAGAGUUGUGUUCCAAAGAUUAAAAUGUUCAAAAUGGAGUCCAUUAAUAUGCUAAAUAAUUGGUCCAAGUACUGAUUUAUGUUAGAAAUUUAUCCGUGAACUGAAAUUGUGAUUUGGCCUUCAUAAUGCAUGAUUAUAUCUUGAAUAAUUUAGUAUUUUUUUAAAAUAUAAAUUGUAAAUGAAAGUGCUUUUUACACUGCUAAAAG